AAAGGUCGAAGCAACGGGCGGCAUUCCGAUGACCCACGCGGAAGCCCUGAGAGAGAGCAUGGUGGUGGUGUUGGCAGUGCCCUUCCAACACACGGGUUCUUUGCCCCUUAGCGGUCUUGCCAACAAGAUUAUCAUUGAUGUUAGCAACAGGAGCCCGAAAGACCGAGACUCAUCCGGGAGGAGCCAAGCAGAGCACCUCCAGAACCUGGUCCCCACCGCCAGGGUCGUCAAGGCGUUUAACGUCCUGUCCGCUUACACGCUCUCCAGGGGCAUCAGGGGCAGCAAGGAGGUCCCCGUGUGUGGAGACGACAGGGACGCGAGGCAGCUAGUGAGCGAGAUAGUGAAGGACCUCCGCCUGGAUCCGACGGACUUGGGCAGCUUGCACAGCGCCCGGGAAGUCGAGGAGAUCCCCUUCCAGUUCUUCACGGAGUGGAAGUUUGGCGUGAUCCUCUCCACGGUCGUCUGGUGCCUCAUGUUCGUUAUUACACUGUUCAGGUCCCAGCUAUGUUCUAACCUGGAGAACAUGCACAAGCCCAAUUUCACUUGGGACUGGAGUGGCUUUGACGGCAUCAUGAGAGACAACGUGAGCUCCUCCUCUGCCGGCACCGCCAUCACCCAGCUUGCUCUUUGUUACCUGCCAGGUGUUCUAGCUGCCUACAUCCAGCUUGCACGAGGAACCAAGUACUCUGAAUUCCCGAUGUGGCUGGACACUUGGCUCAAGGGGAGAAAACACAUUGGAAUUCUCAUGCUCUGGAACGCUGCUAUUCAUGCGAUUUUGGUCCUUAGCUACAGCAUGGGGAAGUGUUGGCUUGUACGAUAGCACCUACUCCUGGCGCGGCCCAACGUACGUCGCUUGCGGGGCGUUCACCCUCCUCCUCGCGGGCGUGCUGGGCGUGGCCUCCCUGCCCUCCGUGUCCGCCUCGAUGACCUGGAGGGAGUUUUCCUUCGUGCAGAGCCGCGUCGGGUGGCUCGUCCUGCUUCUGGCUUCCUUCCACAUCAUUUUCAACUUCUGGGACAGUCUGCUCAAGAAUCAUUUCUCUUGCUAUUUUCUGCCUUCGAUCGCGCAGCUGUGCAUCGUCCUCCCUCUGCUAACACUGGUCCUCAAACUGCCCCUCCUGACACCUUGCGUAGACCGGUCGCUCACGAGGAUUCGCCAGGGCUUCGAACGAGUGUCGCUCAACAGCCUCAGUGGAGUGUGAGCGAGCGCCAAGGAGGAGGAAUGCAAUGGCGUGUCUUUGUUUGUUUGUUGAUGUACUUAUUCCUUCGUUUUGGUGCUUGUUUGUUCGUUAGCUUAGCAAUAUCAUUAUUGUCUUAUUGUUAUUAUUAUUAUCAUUGCUCUUAUUAUUGUUAUUAUUACCAUUAUCAUUAUUAUUUUUAUUAUUAUUGUUGUUGUUACUAUUAUUAUUAUUA